AUGGUUGCGGACAAGAAGAAACGCUGUCGACCCGACCCGAACUCGAACGACGAAACCCAUCACCCCUUCAAGAGCCUCCUCAAACCCAACCCGCUCAUCCUCCAAACCCUCGACGACCUCCGCUCCGCCAACGCCUCCUCAUACUCUUCUUCCAAAACCAUAACCCUCGCCGACCUCGCCGUCGGCUCCACUUGCCGCGAGGUCAGCGACCUCGACCUGUCGUCCAUUCCAUCGAAGAUUGAGCUCCAGAUGCUCAAGGUUAUCAAAUCCAUCCUCGACGGCAACGGCUUCGCGUUCGAGGUCCCCUCACGCGCCGCCGCUAACCAGCUCUAUGUUCCGGAGCUCGACCGCAUUAUGCUAAAAGACAAAACUUCCCUCCGCCCCUACGCCAACGUCUCCACCGUCCAGAAGGUCACCAUCACAGCUCGUCUUCUCCAGCUGAUCCGCCAGCUCUGCCUCAAGAACAUCCACGUCACCAAGCUUGAGCAGCGGCCGGGCUAG